AUGCGCCCGGCGUUGCUGUUGAGCAAAUAUCCCAAAAAAAUUGAUUAUAAAGAAAACAUUAUUCGUCAAAGACAAAGGGAAGAUAACAGUUUACUCUCCUGGACGGUUCGCAUCCUCUUCUACCGCGACAAAGGUACCAACGAAAGGAUGGACGAGCUGCAGGACAGUACAAAUGCAAACUUAGAUUUCUGCUCACAGCUCAAGGAAGGUUUGAAACAAACCCCGCGACAACAUUUCCACUGUUGUUGCUGCUUCGUAAAUGCGCUUGCUGGCAUUGGUGCACUUGAAAACGGGAUGAAGCCUGAAAUGAAGUAA